AGCCGGGGGGGUCGUCGUGAUAUGUAUGUGAAGAAGACGAGCGGUGUGCUAGCCACUGUCGACCACCAGUGCGCCUUUAUCCCUUACGCAUAACACGCGAUGGCCACCUGUUCUUGCUUACGGGAGAAAAAGGUCGGCUGCAUUUUCCGCCCUAAGUAUGACAACCGACAAUCUUACCUUGCAGCAGCCAUGAGUGGGACCGCAUCGAAUCCUCGGUCCAUGGGCUUCGAGACCCGACUGAACCUACUGGACCUCCCCCGUGGAUUGAGAGACGAGAUCUAUUUCCUCGCCAUCUUCGAACCGCCCAGACUGGAGAGCCGCCAUGCAGCGAGUUGUCGCUUCGUCAAUCUGCAGCCCAACAGUUCUGAGAUUCCUUACCUCAACAUCACCAACUCGGUCCCAUGCACUUGCGGACGUCGAAAGGCCUUGGGCUUGCUACUCGCGCCGCAAACCCCGGCCCGAGUAUUGGAACAUGAUUGGGCACAUUUGUCUGUACGACCGUUGGAAUCGUGCAUGAAACUCCUGGGGCCUUUCCCAUUUGGACUUGGGUAACCUGGCUGCGGACAACGAUCCAUCCAAGACGAAUUCUCAUCAUAAUAUAUGGCGUCUUCUCCAAAGCUGCAAGUCCCUUCAGACUCUUCAAGUUCCACCUUAGCAUGGAACCGAGAUUUUGAGGCUGAAAGCCACAAACUUCCAGCUCCAAAGCGUCGCCUACUUGUCGUUGA